AUGGUCAGAAGGGAGCUGAUUGUUCAAAGAAUUGUGGAUGAGAAUCAACUGAACUCCGUUUGCGAUAUUCUGCCCUUGCUGAAUGAAGUUGGUCUUUUGAAAACUGUUACAGAUGUUUGCCCUUACUCCAAGCUGCUCACAUAUGAGUUCUAUUGCAAUCUCAGUGAUGAGAUUGACAGUCUCACAGGGCCACGACCGAUGCAAAUCUUCAUCAGAGGGAAGUGGUAUGAUUUUGGGCCAGAUGUAAUAAAUAAAUACUAUGGCUUGCCUACAGUGCAAGAAGAAGCUGUUACUGAAUGGGACGUGGUGGCCAAAACUCUUACCGGUGGACAUACUACAUCUUGGCCUACAGGAGAUAAGGACUAUUUGCUGAGCUCGCAUCUCACGUCUAGAUAUGUCAUCCUACAUCGCCUGGCUCUGCACAACUGGCUUCCAUCAGCUCAUUUCAACACAGUUGGCAAGCUUCUGGCAGGAUUCCUAUUUAGAAUUGGAACUAAGAUCCAGUGUGAUCUGGGCAAAUGGAUUUUUUAUCAUGUUCUAACUCUGAUUCAUCCCCGGGAACAGAAGGUAAGACUACCGUUUCCAAAUCUGAUUUUUGGCAUCCUUACCUCUCAGGGUCUUAAGCCUAUGCCCAGCGAAGUGAUCAGUCCGACGCUGCUAUAUACUGUUGAUAAACGUCUUCUCUCUGGAGAUCAUAUUAAGGAUGUCGUUCCUGUGACUGCCCCAUCCAAUUCGGAACCUGAUGCUGUGAAUGAUGAGUCUCCUCAUGCUAAAGAUGAGAAGCUUUCCGAACAAUUGAAGGCGCGAGUUGCUGAUCUUGAGAUGGUGCACGGCAUCAUUGCCAAGCAACUGACUAGUGCGCGCAUUGAGCUAGCUACUGUUCUUCUCCGCAUGAGCUUGUCUGAUACUGCUGCUGCUGCUGAGGAUCCCGUGAAGUCUGACUGUGGCUCUCCCUCAAAUGCUUAA